AUGGCUCAGCAGUGGCUCUGUCUCUUCCUCUGCCUCCAAGUUGCAGGUUUCUGUACAUGCCUAUUUCUGUCUCAGACUCCAGGACAUAUUUUAGCCCAAACUAAAACCAGAACAGAAAUCACCUGCCACGUGAAAAAAGAUCAGUACGGAGGGGUGUACUGGUACCGAUGGAAUGAGGAGAGACAGCUUUUCCAGUUCUUGGUGUUUAUAAACUCUCUGGGCAAAGCCACCUAUGGCAGGAACGUCAGCAGCGAGAAGUUCCAGGUCCAUGGAGGACGUUCUCCCAACUCUCACAGUCUGCAGAUCCAGCAGCUCCAGGCUUCCGACAACGGCACCUAUUACUGCACCAUCUCCCAGUCCUCGGAGCUCCUCCUCGGCACCAGGACAAGGCUCGGUGUGGUUGAAGUUUUGCCUCUGCCGCCAGUGCCCACUCGAGCAGCCCCCUCGAGGAAGCCCCGGCGAUGCGUCCCCAGGAGCAGACCUGUGCCCAGGACAGGUCUCUGCAGCCCCUUCGUGUGGGUCCCGCUGGCCGCGUGCGCCCCCACCCUGCUGCUCUGCCUGUCCCCCGCCGUCCACCGCUCCCCCCGGCUGCGGAGGAGGCUGUGGCUCCGCAUCCACAGGCUCUGGAACGGGCACGUCCCUCAGAAACGGCAGAUAACGGUGCUGCAGCCCGUUGUGCCGGCGGCCCCGGGGCCGCUCGGGGCCGGCUGCUCCCAGGGUGGCCCGGCUCCCCCUGGCUUGAAGCUCUCCCUCCCGCAGGCCAGGAUCGGCCCUGGGACAAGGACGGAGCAGGGGGUGCCCUGGGUCCGGGGACAGUCACGCUCCCAGGGG